AUGAACCCCUACAAUCAGCCGUACAACUAUUCGCAGCAGACUCCUGGUCCACCACAACCCCCAUGGCAAGCACCUCCACGCAAGUCAGGAUGGGCCGAUCCUAGAUUCCAGCAUACAUCGCCUGUAUCGCCUUACAAUGCCGGCUCCAAUGCGUUUGGGCCGCCCUUGCCUCCUCCCCCGCCGCCGCCGCCUGCGCCCAGCCAACAAGAGCCUCCUCAGUUUGUUACGUCCGCAUGGGGAGUGGAUUAUAACCAGUCAACUACUUCACAGAACUACGAUGUCAGACCUCCUCUUCCUCCCCGGCCGUCGAGUGCGACAGGUGCGGGUCGAGUCAGUCCGCAGCCGGAGUUCGCGCCUGCCUUGAAUUAUCACCACCAGCAAGCACCGUUGCCUCACGUUGGAAGCUACGAACAGUCGCAGCAAUAUAGCACCCCAUGGAACGAUCCAUAUCAGUCAAGACCUCCUUUCCAAGACUCGACGCUUCCCACACCUACACCGCCGCCUCCUCCGCCCCCUCCACGCCCGGCUGCAUAUCAGGCUGAGAUUCAGGCUCAGUAUAGUCGACUUAACGCUCCACCAACCGAAUACUCGCACAAGCCUCCUUCUCAUCACUACGAGCCACAGUCGCAGAACCCAUGGACAUCUCAAGGCCCUCCGGUGACCGCUCCUCCCUAUUAUCCAACGGCACCCUUGCCGCAGCAGGUGUUCGGUACAAAUGACGGUCCCUUGGUUUCACCAAUUGAACCAAACAAUGUGUCCUGGAAGCAGGAAGGAAAGACACAUACAGCACAGCCACCCAAUGACUACCAAACAUAUCAGAAGCCAUAUGAGGGCGUGGCGGCGCCCUCACAGACGUUUGGGUUUGGCGGUCCUUCUGACUGGGAACACUAUCAGCCUGGAGCACCAGCCGACAUGUCACCGACAAGUCCUCCCCUACCGCCUCCAGCCACUUCAAGUCAAGGUCAAGCCCUGAACCCCGUGGAGCAAGUACAUGUAGACCCUCCUGUGCCUCAGUCACCAAAAGAAACAGUAGAGAUCGGGGUCCAUAGCCCAGUGUCUGCUCGCAGACCCUCGCAUCCGCACUCACGGACACAUCAAGUCGAGUGGUCACAACCACAGAGCAACGAGAAUCCGUCGUCUGCCCGUCGUCAAAGUGAUCAUGCAUCCAUACGCUCGGACAGUCUGAAUGGCGCUGGCGUUAUCGACAGCGUCAUUCAAGCAUGGAGCACGCCUUCGAAGUUGAACGGCGACCGAGAAACAGCUUCACGGCCUGUUUCUCGAUCUUCUACACGCGAUUCGUCGCCGGAGCCUGUCUCGAGGGUCAAGCCACUGGAUCCCUACGCAGAUCUGGAGCCAGAGUUCAAAGCGUCGCUGAAGAGAUACGCUGCCAUGCUCAGGAAGGAAUCAUCUGCCGAGCCUGAUGAGGAGAAGUUCGAGGUAUUUCAGACGUUCGUCACAAAAGAGCUUCGUUUAAGGAGUCUGCUCUAUGGAGUGGAACUGAACAAAGCCACAAAGGAGGUCAAGAAAACUGCUAGCCUUGCAGAUAUGCAGGCAGCCCUGCCGCAAUCAGUGGUCAAACAAGGACAAAUCGAAGGUGUCGGAGCCGGCAACAUGGAAAUUGCACAGCCAGUGGCUUUCACGGCCCAACAACCGUCCCAUCAACAACCACCAGUGGGAGAUGUGGUGCCAUCAUCUCAAAGCCCCGCUGAUGAUCGGAUAGAACAACAGUCCCAGACUAAGACAGAGAAGGUUGGCAGCGUCGUGCCUUCUCAGCCGCUUUCCUCGAUUAAGCCGUCUGUGGCAGCACCCGGUCAACCUGUGAGCAAUGCUGCUGCCAAAGACAACUCAGGAGGCGGCCUGAGUGCUAUCGUAGAAGAAGAGGCUUACAGUCCGGGAGGACGUCCCAGAGCUCCCGUGAUGACAGCAGCAGCAGCAGCAGCACCAACACUGAAACCUGCAGGACCAUCCAUCAGCAUGUCAUCAGAAGGCCAAAGUGAUCCUAACCUUUCUUUGAGUGCACCUUCACCCAGCAACAAUGGACCAAUGGUCAUGGAAGACUAUGUUACACUACAACCACCAUCACCGAGUGUGAAUGCACCGAUGAUCGUGGAACCAGAGAUGCCACAACCGUUGUCAAGUCGACCUUUGGAUAUGCAAAGGCCUGUCGUACCAAUAAAAUUUGAGCCUUCUCGGCCCGCAUAUACCCCUUUUCGCUACAGUACGGCUGGUCAGGAUGAGAAGGCGCAGCCUUUGCAGCCCGCGGAUCAAGCAUACUCAUCGUUACGGCAUGCGGUGACAGAUUCUGGGCGGUUGAUGGCGCAGGAGACGUUACUCGGUCCAGUCAGGCCCUCUUCCACCACAGGAAAGCAGGAACAUCAAGAAGCAUUCAUUGGUCUGAUUAGAAAGCAGAGCAUGGCCAUCAGGCAAAAGGCUCCCCAGCCACCAAGUGCCAUAAGAGCUGGAGACGAUGCGGUCAAAAGCGAGCCUCCGCCGGCCAUGCGUAUAGGCACGCCAACGAUUUUACCACCGCAAGACCCGUUGAAGCAGGCUGUGACUGCCUUGCAAUCACUCUUGCCUGCGGACUUUUCCGUUGACUCUAUCCAGCAUCCCAAAAUCAAAGAGCUAAAGACCAAAAUUGUGGCUGUGCCCGAUCAGUUUGGGUUCAUCCGUGAGACUGUGGUCGAAUGGGACCGGACCAACCGAGAAGUCCGAAAGCAGCAAGAUGCCGAGAGACGGGCUCGUCAAGAGGGAUCCGAGACUCACAUUGAUGGACUAUUCAACGAUAAUGAGAUCGGCUAUGCAGACAUUGGAGAGCUGGAAGCCGAAUUCAAACUGUCUGAAGCUGAUCGAAAAUAUCAAGAAAACCAAGGAGAGCUCGAGUCUUUCACGGCACAAGUAUUUAUGAAAGUGACCCAGAGACUCCAGAAAGAGAUUGACGAGUUGAAGCCAGCCUACAACACGGCGAUAGACCUUUUGGACCGGGAAAGCGAGUCGAUGAGUCGUUGCUUCAAGCUGGAAGGCGACCGAGCAAGCAUGUCCGAGGUCAUGAACUGUGCGCUCAAGGUCUUCAAUAAGAUCGAAGUCCGGCAUCGUAAGGUGGCUGAGGCGAAUGUUGAGCGCGAGAGGAGACGGAAACAUCUCGAGCUUACGAUUCUCUACACGAACAACGACAAGGACGGCAUGAAGAGUCUGGAGAAGGAUUUUGAGGUCGCCGAGAAGGCGCAAGCGCUUCAUGAAGCUCGUGCCAAAGACGAACGUGCAAACAAAUUGAUGGACAGCUUUGACCGGGCUACCGUUCGGGGACUGGGUGACAAUCAAUUGUUCAUUGACGAUGUCCUGGCUAAGCUAGAAGAUGUCAAACGGGUCAUCUGGUCCGACGAAGACGGGUCGCUGAAGAAAAAGCUCUACGAGCCUGGAGGAGCGCGAGAUACGCUGUCACUGGCUCAAGAUCUGGUCGGAGUUGUGAUGGCAGAUUCACGCAAACUACUCGCUCUGUCCAACGAAGGCGACGGCCUGCUGAACGAUGCCGAUUAUGGAGUUUCGGUAUCGGAAGCCCGAGUCGGCAAUGCGGACAAGAGUACCUAUAGCAGCCUAGAAAAAGAAAAGGCCAAGGAAGACGCGAAGCUAGUGGAGGAGAUGAAUACCCGACUGGCCAGUGUCACCAAAAGCCCUCAAGCUGCCAUCGCCUUGACUCGCGAGGUCAUUGAUCGGAUAGGGGAUGACCCGGCGCACCAAUAUCGGAUAAAGAGGGCACUCGAGGCGGCCAAGCAGCGUAACGCAACGGCCGAAUCGCCCAAAACGUGA